AUGAUAGUUCCUCAACUAGUGAUUGUUCCAUCACUUGGAACUCAAGAGAAGUACCUCCAAACCAAGAAUACUAUCAGUUCCAAGUCCAAAAAGAAGUCAAUUACAGUAUCAAAACAUUACAUAAGAUUGGUCGAAAAUAAUGGGAGCAAAAGAAGAAGCAACAAAUCCUUAGCAACCAUAUUCUUUAAGUCAUUAGAUGACUUCAUAUCCACCUACAUGGACUUGCCCCUUCGCCCAUGCAUCGACCCCAUGCACGUUCUCUCCGGUAACUUCGCCCCCGUUGACGAGCUUCCUCCCACUCCAUGUCACGUCGAUGAGGGUAGCCUGCCUAGUGCUCUUGACGGUGUGUACAUCCGCAACGGCCCCAAUCCUCAGUUCAUCCCUCACGGCCCGUUCCAUGUUUUUGAUGGAGAUGGAAUGCUGCACUCUAUCCGAAUAUCCAAUGGGGAAGCUGUUUUCUGUAGUCGAUAUGUUAAGACUUGUAAGUACAUGGCGGAGCAGAAAAUGGGGUAUCCGUUCAUUGUAAGUCCAUUUUCUUCCUUCAACGGCACAGCGGCUGCCAUCGCACGUUUCGUGCUAGGUGUAGCACGAAAGCUAGCCGGACACUUCGACCCUAUGGUCAAUGGCUUUGGAACGGCGAACACUAGUUUAGCCAUGUUUGGUGGGAUGCUCUUUGCUCUCUGCGAGUCUGAUCUUCCCUACCAAGUAAGAGUAACAUCUGAUGCAGACAUAAUCACUGUCUCCCGCCAUGAUCUUUACACCAAUGACCCGACCUUGAGAAUGACUGCUCAUCCAAAGAUCGACUCAGAGACAGGUGAAGUUUUUGCGUUCAGAUGCGACAUAGUUCCUCCAUUCUUGACAUUUUUCCGGGUCGACACAAGCGGGAGAAAGGGCCCGGAUGUGCCGAUUUCCUCCCUGGAGAGAGCGCUAGUGGUUCAUGAUUUUGCUCUUUCCAAAAACUUCAUUAUUUUCCAAGACACGCAGGUGGGAAUCAACCUUAUGGACAUGAUGAGAGGAAAAUCGGUAAUGGUGUUCAAGCCGGACAAAGUGCCGAGGCUAGGAAUCUUGCCACGAUACGCCCAUGACGAGACUGAACUAGUGUGGAUUGAUGCUCCAGGAUUCAACAUGCUACAUUCAAUUAAUGCUUGGGAAGAAGAAUUUGGGAAAAAAGUUGUAAUCCUGGCUCCAAAUCUACUAUCCAUCGAGCAGGGAUUGGAGGACACAAGUUUAUAUCACUCGGUGAUCGAAAAGUUAACCAUAGAUGUUGAAACAAAGCAGGUUGUAAGGCGUUCAUUGUGCAACGAAAACCUCGAGUUCGGAGUCAUUAAUCCAGCUUAUGCUGGAAAGAAGAACAGGUACGUGUAUGCAGGCGUAGCAGCUCAGCUACCGAGGGUGAGAGGAGUCAUGAAACUUGACGUCUCCCGACUAACUGCGGAUGGCGGGGACUGCACGGUGGCUAGCAGGCUGUAUGGGCUGGGUUGGUACGGCGGUGAAGCUUGUUUCGUGCCGAGAGAGCCCGAUAAUCCGGCGGCUGAAGAGGACGAUGGUUUCCUGGUAACAUAUGUGCACAAUGAGGAAAAUGAGGAAUCCUGGUUCAUAGUCAUGAACGCUAAAUCUCCAACUCUAGACAUUGUUGCUAGAGUUAGAUUGCCUGGUCGUGUGCCUUAUGGCUUCCACGGGCUGUUUGUCAGGGAAGCUGACCGCAAACUAACAUAG